AUUCCUCCCUGCACCGCCCAGACACACAUACCUGGGUCCGCGAGGACGCGCCCUCGCUGGCCCCCUCUCAAGUGCCGGGUUCCCUCUGCGCGCGGGCGCUCAGCGCCGCGAGCUGGAAUUCAAAUGAGGCGAACUCCCCCGGGCGGGCAGCGCAGAGGUUGAAGCCGGCGUAGGGUGGGCGGCUGCCCCUGAGCGUCCCCAACCUCCAGGGCGGGGUCAAACGUGCGCUGCGGGGCCUUAAAGAGCACGGAUCUCCGCCCCUUGCCCCUUCAUGGCUACCGAAGAAUGGUUUUCAGGGCCUCCCUCCCUGGGCCCCGGGGAAACACCGUCCCUGGACGACUUGGAACCCGGGACCCAGCCUUGUGGGGACCCCUCUUGGUCCUCACCACCUAGCAGGCCUGAGGACCCACCGACAACGGAGCCCAAGGACGCCCAGGGACAGGUGGUGGAAGCUGUGACCCCCGAUCCAGGGCUCAUGGUGCCGGCCCCAGCUCGCCUGACCCUGGACGCGAUGUUCAGCCCUGUCACCGAACAGCUCCGCUACCUGCUCAAGAAGGCAGACGACUUCCAAAGCUACUUGCUCUAUAGCAGGGACCAGGUCCAGAAGGAACAGCUAGCAAGGGCCAUGCCCACCUUCUUAAGGAUGUGUGAGCCAUACUUCCUAUAUCUGGAGGCUGCUGCACGGAGUGUGCCUCCCAUCCACGGAGCCCUGCAGGAGCUGGUCCGGAAGGGGCUGUUGGAGAUCUCCCAGCAGCUCACCCUGUGCCUGGAGCAGCUGGUCCUCAUGUAUGCCUCCUUUGGCUUCGUGGAGCUGGAGGAGACGGACCCCCAGAGCAUUUCCUGCUUCUUCUGCGGGAGAUUCUCCAUCAGCCCUUUUCAGGAAGUAUCCAUCUUCAGAUACUGCACCCCAGUGGCCUACACUGCCAGCCGUCAGCCUCGGUACCUCUACAAGAAGAUGCGCUGGAACCUAGAAACCACUCCAAAGCCCAGCAGCCAGGGGCAAAUGUCCCAUGUGGAUUACUACUUCCUGUGCUACCGAGAUACGUGGGAGGACACAGGCCAGAGUCCAGCCAAUUCUUGUCCCCAGAUCCAGAAGCUGUGGUCCAUCGGCCGCUGGGUACCCCUAGGACCAGCUGACGACGACCUUUAUUCUUGGGUGUCGUGCCCGCAGCCGCCCGGAGACUACCAGCAGCUGCUGACCAUAGGCUUCGAGGAGCCGUCCCACAUGCUGGCCACCGAUCUGCUCCUGCAGGUUCUCACGGGCCAAGCUGGGCCCGCGCAGCCCCGGAGCACGGCAGGGCCCGCGGGGUGGGCGGCGCAGGCGUCCUGAGCCAGGAGGAGGAGAGUGAGGCUUGGCAGCUCCCGACGGGGAGCAAGGCGAGGUGGCGCCUGUACUCUAGGGCAGCCGGGCCGAGGUGAGCUGUGUGCACCGAGUUUUGUGUUCAAUAAAAGAAAGAAAGAGGU